GCCCCUCCGCCGGCCUCCUCUUUCUGCUCUGGGCCCGCCUCCUCCAGCACCUCCACUCCCCGCUACCCAGGAAGGUCGAGCGGGUGUGAGCGCUGCUUUCACUUUCCCUUCCCGUGCCCACUCCUCGCUCCUCGUGCGGCGCUAGGCCCCCCGCCCCGGCCAUGGCCAUGCCCAAGGUCCAGCCUGAAGACCAAGCCAAGGUGGAUAUGUUCCGUGAAGACCUAUGUGCCAUGACAGAGCAUCUCCUCGGAAGCUACUUCCCCAAGAAGAUUUCUGAGUUGGAUGCGUUUCUAAAGGAGCCAGCGCUCAAUGAAACUAACCUGAGCAGUCUGAAGGCCCUUUUGGACAUCCCAGUGCCUGAUCCAGCCAAGGAGAAAGAAAAGGAGGAGCGGAAAAAACAGCAGGAGAAGGAAGACAAGGAUGAAAAAAAGAAAGGGGAAGAUGAAGACAAAGGUCCUCCCUGUGGCCCAGUGAGCUGCAAUGAGAAGAUCGUGGUCCUUCUGCAGCGCCUAAAGCCUGAAAUCAAGGAUGUCAUUGAGAAACUUAACCUAGUCACCACCUGGUUGCAGCUGCAGAUACCUCGGAUUGAGGAUGGAAACAACUUUGGAGUGGCUGUCCAGGAGAAGGUGUUUGAGCUGAUGACCAGUAUUCACACCAAGCUGGAAGGCUUCCACACUCAAAUCUCCAAGUACUUCUCUGAGCGGGGCGAUGCCGUGGCCAAAGCAGCCAAGCAGCCCCACGUGGGUGAUUACCGGCAGCUGGUGCAUGAGCUAGAUGAGGCAGAGUACCGGGACAUCCGGCUGAUGGUCAUGGAGAUCCGCAACGCUUAUGCUGUGUUAGAUGACAUCAUCCUGAAGAACUUCGAGAAGCUCAAGAAGCCCAGGGGAGAAACAAAAGGAAUGAUCUAUUGAGAGCUUCUCAUUUUGUGAUGAGUCCAAAAGAGACCUUCCUGUCCUUUACGGGACAGUCCAGACUUUCCCUCACCUUCUACUUCCUGGUGAGGUUUCUCCCUCACUUUGUCUCCCAAACACAAUAAAUAUAAGUCAUAUGACUGCCCA